GUAUUCUUCCUCAAUUCCCCAUAAAUCCGUUUAUGUUUGUCGUUGACUCGUUCAUGUGGGCAUCCUAUUAAGCAUACAACUCGCCGCCUUUAAUAUCAUGUGAGUUGAAUCUUUGACCGGUCGAGAAGAUGACUACCAGGUUAAAUUUUUUUGCCUAUCAUAAUGCCACGUCGAAAAAUAAACGACAGAAAUAGACGAAUUUAACCGAAACUAACAAAGAGCGUUGACUACUUUAGUUGUCCUAUGUGGAAGGUCAGUCAGUAUAGUGUAAUAGUGACCAGCUUUGCCUUGGCCAGGGGUUGUUUCAGGGUAAAUGUGCUCUGCAGACUGCAGUAAGUUGAGGUUGGUGCAGUGCCAUCCAAGACACCUACUUUGCUUACAUUCAUAGCAGGGGAUCCAGAAUCUCCUCCAUCCUCCAUUAAUUGCUUGCAAGAUCCAAAAGCCGUGCUGCAUGCAUAUGCAUGCGAGCCAGGUGUGAUCUCUCCGCCGUUUGACCUGGUGGGCAGCGGGAGGACGCUACUGUGCUACCAUCGUACGGAACUAAACGCCACCUCUGUACUUCCCCUGCCUUCCAUCAAUCCUCUGCACCACCUCCAAAUGUCAGUACCCAAAUGUUCCAAUUUUUGCAGUUGGGAGGAAUAGUCUUUAAAUACACUGACCGCUAUAUAUCUCUCUCUCCGUUAAGGGGAAAGCAAUUUCUGGGAGCAAAGCCCGCAGAGGUUCAGAGAAAGAAACAAAAGGAAAUGGCAGCUCCAGUUGAGGAAGGCGGGCAUGCAGGAAAGAGGGGCUUCGAUUGGAUCCUCGAUUUACCCAGUGGAGCUGCUGCGAUUGCAAUGCGGGUUAAGGAAUUCGGGGAGGAAGAUCCCAGGAGAGUGAUUCACUCUUUCAAAGUUGGGCUGGCUCUGACAAUGGUGUCACUCUUCUACUACUUCAAGCCACUUUACGACGGGUUCGGCGUCAAUGCAAUUUGGGCUGUUCUCACCGUCGUCGUUGUCUUUGAAUUCUCCGUUGGGGCGACGCUUGGGAAAGGAUUGAACAGGAUGGCGGCGACAUUCGGAGCUGGUGGGCUCGGCAUUGGAGCCCAUCACUUGGCGAGUCUCUCUGGCCCAACCGGAGAGCCCAUUCUAAUCGCCGCCUUCGUUUUCAUCAUAGCUGCGGUGGUGACAUUCACCAGGUUCUUUCCCAAGGUGAAGGCGAGAUACGACUAUGGAUUCAACAUUUUCAUAUUGACAUUCUCCCUCGUGUCGGUUUCGGGCUACCGAGACAGCCAAGUGUGGACCAUGGCGCACGAGAGGCUAUCGACCAUCAUGGUCGGCAGCAGCACCGCCGUGAUCGUCUGCGUCGUGGUUUACCCUGUUUGGAUUGGGGAGGAGCUCCACAAUCUCGUCGUUACCAACAUUGAAAACCUUGGUGAGUUCCUGCUAGGGUUUGGAGAUCAGUGUUUCAAUGCAGAAUCCAAUAACAAUGGCAAGGCCCUUGGUGAAUAUCAUAAAUCAGUUCUUACUUCCAAGAGCAAUGAAGAAAACAUGGCAAAUCUGGCGAGAUGGGAGCCAGGGCAUGGACGGUUUAGGUUGCAGCAUCCAUGGAAACAGUACCUGAAAAUAGGGACACUCACCAGAGAAUGUGCUUACAAAGUCGAUGCUCUUAGCAGCUACCUCAACCCUCAUGUUCAACCUGUUGAUGAGAUGGGAAACAGAGUCGAGGUGGCAUGCAGGGAGCUGAGCACAGAGUGUGGCAGAGCACUGAAGGAAUUGGCACUGGCAACCAGGAAAAUGAAGAGGCCAAAGCCUGCGGACGCCAUGGUUGCGAGCUCCAGCGCUGCAGCGGACAAUCUCAAGCUGGUACUGGACACCAGCAAAUGGGAACGACAACGUUUGGUCGAGGUGGUGCCAAUUGCGGCGCUCGCUGCCGUUCUGUUGGAGAUCGCUGAGACUACAGAGAGAAUUGCUGAUGCCGUUGUUGAGUUGGCUUCCAAGGCUCACUUCAAGAGCACGGACUCUGCCGUCUCGCCGGAGCAACCGAGUCCGCCGCCUGCGGCGGCUCUCCCGGUGUCUAGCGGUGGGGCAUGAUUGGUUGCUUUGAAGGUGUAUGGGUGUGUCUCUGCAUCUUGUGCAUGAAUUUCAGAGUUCUUUGGUGACGAAUAAAGUAGAUGAACUAAUGAAAUUUCCUGAGCACAGAGCUACAUAUUCUAGGAUGGGAAUGAGUCGGGUUUUUUCAAAAUCUAAAUGCAACCAAUAAGCGUAUUCAUUGAAA